UACACGCCUGCCAAACCCCCUGUACGUGGUGGAAUGACUCCCCUGCUACCUGCAUCAGACCCUGUUCCUGCUUUUAAGGCGGCAGUAGACCUGCCGGACGCCUGAUACUCGCCCACAAUCAAAGGCGGGUGGGCAAACUAUUUACACAUAAUUCCGCCGCCCGCCCGCCGCCACCCCGCCCGCCGAAAGCACACAAAUGACAUCUUCGUCAAACGAGCUGGAGCAACAAAAACCGCAACGUGAGGCAUAAGUUUACUCUCUCGUAGAGGAAGCCGUUGACGCAUUUUUUCACACGCCUGCCGAAAGCCCCUGUACGUGGUGGAAUGGCUCCCCAGCUGUCUGCGCCAGGCCCUAUUCCUGCAUCAGGCGGUGGUCAACCUGCUGGAGGACGCCUGAUGCUCGGAGUUCUUGAGCAUCGGCGGUUUAGCACGGCGAUGUGGUCGAUGCUGAUGCUCCUGUCGUUCAUCAUGGUGGUCCACAACCUGGUGUUUCGCUCGUGGGGCAUCGGUACCUUCCCUUCUAUAACAAGGCGGAUAGAAGCUCUUGGCGAACAAGGCACGUUCAGCAGAUCCAGCCCGCUGAUCGACGCCGAGGGCAAGCCAUCCAUCUUGGCCUACGCCCGAACGCCGGCGGGAAGGGUCAUGCACAUCCUCCCCGCUGGACUCUGGAGCGUGAUCGCUCCGCUGCAGCUCAGCCCGUCCUUCCGAGCGAAGCACCGCACGGCCCACCGCAGGCUCGGACGCUUGUUCAUCUUCAUGAGCGUCAGCAUUUCCCUCGGGCUCGUCCCUCUUGUUCUCAGCGGGGCUCCCACGACUCCGAAUUGGAGCAACGGAAGGGAAUCGCUCGUCUUCGCAGGCUACUUCUUGGUAACGGGCUUGCUGGCAGUUCACCAUGCAAGAAACAAGCGUUUUGCCGAUCACAGGGUUUGGAUGCUGCGACACGUGGCAAUGGGAUACUCGGUGCACAUGCAGCGCCUUCUCGGCCACCUCACCUGGUGGAUGUUCCCCUUGUUGAUGCCCGGGUACACCGACUUCACGAAUGGCGGGAAGGAAUUGCGUGCUAACGUGUUCAUAUCGUAUUUUUUUGUGGGCCUUGCCCUGACGGUGGGGCCAAUGGAGGUGUGGCUGCGGCACACGUCGCCUUCCGGAAAAGAUGUUGCGAGAGGGGCAAGAACCAGAGCUCUCCAUCAAGGCCUCGUGACGUACCACACCUUAACCGCACACGUAUGCGCCGCAACCAUGGCCGUAAAAACCGUCCCGAGCUACAGCAGUCAAUGGCCGAACGAAUCCUCGCCAAGCGAUGAGAACCCAACAAUACCGCGGUUCAGCUUGGCAUGUGAAUAUUCCGCCGUAAUCUAAGACACUUCGAUUUCACGAAACGGGCUUCAAGUAAUUUCUGCAUGCAGUUGUCUUGCGACAGUAGGAGUGUCGGUGGCCGAAUCCGUACAUAUGUAGCACGACUUUGAGAGAUGUGAAGGCUUUGCCGGCUUGCAGGAACCGAUCGACCGGCCAGGGACGAUGAAACGGAGACGCACAUUCACCCACUAGGGGGUGAAAUGAAAUCGUUCCAUGGGUUAGCAGGGCAUGCCCCAACUGCCGCAAGUAGUAGGAAAGGGUUGACCUAGCUCCUAGAUUGUAAUCAGAGGCCUCAUGGCUUGUCUUCCUGGCGUAGACCAAACGUAGUAGGCAAAUCCAAACAUGCAUGCAUGCGUAAAUGGAUGCAAGUUCAGAUGUUCAAGCGGUGUUCUGUUGCAUGCUUGCCAGAAUCGUAGUUAAGGAGCCGUAAGAGGCUCGAGAGCAUGGUGUUGAAGAAAGCUUUGCCAUCCAUGCGUCUCAGCUUACCAGUACCGUCUUAUGAGCACUCGGGAUUGGUUGUUGCUGGAUUUGUGUGGUUCCGUGAUUUCCAGGAUGAAGCAAGUGUCCCACGCCAUCCUCUCUCUCUCUCUCUCUCUCUCUAUUCUCACUC